CCCGCUCCCAUUCACAAUCUGCCUCCGAGCCGCGGUGAACAUCAGAAGGAUCAGCAGCCCAGCCCAGCCCAGCCCAGAGAAUCGCUGAAUCACCGCGCUCCACCUGCUCCUACCACUCUGGGGCUAGAGAGAGGACAGAGACAGAGACAGAGCACCCUGCUCGCCAUCAACCUGCUGUCCCAUCUCGGCUCGUCCACCAGCUUCCCGGUGAAAGGACUAACAUCUGCUGGCAGGGCAGCCAUACUAGACAACGUCUCCAUACAGGUGAGCGUGAGGUGUCAGUAGCUGGGCCGGGAGACGGGUAAACCUGGGCGGGCGCCCGCAAUGACUCCGGUGGUCCACCUUCUGGUGGCCCUCUUCGGAAUGGGUUCCUGGGUGGCUAUCAACGGCCUGUGGGUGGAGCUUCCUCUGCUGGUGCCCCAAGUCCCAGAGGGCUGGUACCUGCCCUCCUACCUCACCAUUGUCAUCCAACUGGCCAAUGUGGGGCCUCUUCUGGUGGCGGUGAAGCACAAGUUGUCUCCGGGCCGGCGAGGGGAGAGGGGCAUCAUCUACGGGGUGGUGUGCGUGGGGGUCUUGGCCUCCUUCCUGCUGCCGUUCUUCUGGAAGAGGACGAGCCUGGUGUCCGGGACGCGGCGCAGUGUGGCCCUGCUGGUGCUCGCCUUCUUCCUGGCCCUGGUGGACUGCACCUCCUCCGUCACCUUCCUGCCCUUCAUGGCGCGCCUGAGGCCCCACUUCCUCACCACCUACUUUGUGGGCGAGGGUCUGAGCGGGCUGGCGCCGGGGCUGGUGGCCUUGGCGCAGGGGGCGGGGGUGGUGAGCUGCCGGGAGGGGGUCGGGGGCAACGGGUCCCGCAACGGGACGGUGGCCAGCUACCGUCCCGCCAACUUCCCGCCCGAGGUCUUCUUCUUCUUCCUGAGCGGGGUGAUGGCUCUGUGCCUGCUGGCCUUCGUGCUCCUGGACCGCCUCCCCCCGACGUGGCGGAAGGAGCCGAGGGCGAGGCCGGGGGCCGCCGCGGGGAAGGAGGAGCCGGAGCAGAAGGCCAUGGUGGACCCCGGCCCCCCUCGUCGCCCCCCGCCGCUGGCCCUCUUCCUGGUGCUGGCCUGGGUCAAUGCCCUGACCAACGCAGUGCUGCCCGCCAUCCAGACCUACUCCUGCCUGCCCUAUGGAGCAUCCGCAUACCACCUGUCUGCUGCCCUGGGUGCCCUCGCCAACCCACUGGCCUGCUUUGUGGCCAUGGUCUACCCCAACCGGUCUCUCCGAUUGAUGGGAUGUCUGACGCUAGCUGGCACAGCAGUGGGAGCCUACAUCAUGGGCAUGGCUGCCGUGCUCAGUCCGUGCCCCUGGCUGGUCCACUCCACAGCGGGCACCCCCCUCAUUGUCCUGUCCUGGGUUCUCUUCGUUGGGACCCUCUCCUACGUGAAGGUGAUGAUUGGCCUGAUCUUGCGGGACGAGGGCCGCAGCGCCCUCGUGUGGUGCGGGGCGGUGGUGCAGCUGGGCUCCAUGCUGGGGGCACUCACCAUGUUCCCACUGGUCAGCGUCUACAACCUCUUCCGCUCCGGAGACCCCUGCAACACGGAGUGCCCCGCGUGACCACGGGCGGACCCCUGGGCGAGGAGCGCGGGGACAGGACUGGACACCCCCCCCCCGUACCACCUACCCUGGUCGCUCGUGAUCUUGCCCCCUUCACUAGGCGAU